GAGCUGCUGUUCACAACAAAUAGAAGAAGAGCUCAAGCUGCUGCUGGGUCGCGGAGCACUCAGAUAGAUCCGCGCACUCGUUCCUUCGUACCCCUCGAGUUGCCCACCUCUUGCUCUUAUUGCCUCAUCUCGUGUCUCAUGGUGUCCCCCGCGCAGCAGCUCGUGCUGGCCUUUACCGCCGCGCUCUGCCUUUUCAUCGUGAUUCCCCGGAUGUUCGGCGGCGGCGGAGUGAGAGAGGAGCGAGCACCGAGGAGAGGUCCCCCUUUGGCCCCCGGGGCUCUGAAGGGCCCCCAGCCACAGCAGGCAUUCAGCAGUGCAGAGAACAUGCAGCAGAUGAAGAAGCUGAUGGAGCAAGAACUGCGUGGUGAUAAAUAUAAAUCCAACAACAAAGGAUACGUUUUUACCUUAAUGCCCCUCUACGCAAUCGGGGUGGGUAUAUUUGCUGCUUACAAAUUCCUCAAGAUAAAAUCUGCAGAGGACACUCGGAUUCAGAAGGAGAAAACAGCUCGAGGAAUCAAGAAGUCUGAAGAGACAGAGAAUCAACUGAACGAGUUGGAGCAGCGUUUGGCUCAGACAGAGAAGAUGCUCAAUUCCAUACUGGCCCAACUGGACCCACUGACCAACUGUGUGAAAUCUGUUGCUAUGGAGCAGAAGAAUGAGAUAAUGUCCCAGCUGCAGUGUAUCCGAGACCUGAUGAAGAAAAGAGGCAUGCAGUGUCCACCCAUCAACACAGCAGAUGCAUCGUGUGAACGUAACCUUGACAACCUUAUUGAGUCACUGACCGCGAUGGAAACACUGGGGGAUACGAAAGCACAAAUGCACCGCAGUGGAAAAACACACCUUUACACACCUCACACACUUCACACCCAGAUGGAGAGAGAGGAGGAGGAAGAGGAAAGUGGAAAGAAAGAUAAAGAGGAGGAUGAAGAAAGAGAAACGAAAGAGGAAGAUGAAGAGAGGGAUGAAGAAGCAGAUGCAUGUGAGAGUGACUCCAGCAUGCCGUCUCUGGAGGAGCUGGAGGAAGUAGGCACGACUCCAACAGCUCCAGAAGAGUUGGGGGCGGGGUUACGCAGACGGAACCGGCCUGACUGAGUGAGAGGCGGCUUUUGAAGCGACAGUUCAGUGAUGAAUCAAAUUUACUCAGUGUUCCCUUCUUACCCCUAAUGUAAGAUCAGUUAAAACAUGCUUUGUGUCUGAAGUUUGCUUUAGACCAAUCAUGAUGUCACGUCUUGUUAAAGUCAUGCAUGCCAAUGUGAACUGUAAAAUCCUGUUUAAGGGUUGCUUGUUAGAAUGAUGCAAAGCCCAAACAUAACCUGUAAAGGUAAGACAGUCAUGUACCAGGUUCUUAGUGUGAAAACACUGAAGAUUUAACAACAUGGGUAGAAUGCUUUUUAACCAGUUGCUUUGUGGGCUGAGCUAACUUGUAUAAAGCAGUGGUUCUCAAACUGGUCCUCAGAGGCCCUCAGACAGUCCACAUUUUUGUUAUAAUUAUAUGUGGGAGUUAAUGAAGCAAAAAUGCAGGCCAUCUGGGGGACCAUCCCUUAGGACCAGUCUGAGAAUUAAGUAGUUUAACCAUAGAGAAUGUGGUGACACAAGCAGCUGAUGUUAGUCAUGAUGAAUGGGGAAACUGAACAUAUUUUCCUUCUGUAAUGCUAUCUGAGCAUUUUCUCUCGUAGAUUAAUCACAAAAUUAAUCUAAAACACAAAAUUAAAUCGCCCCAACCAUCAGGUAUGGCUUACCACUUAUGUCAGCUGCAUGCAAUAAAUGAAGGCUGAAUGGUCCAAGUACUUCCUCGUUGAGUUAGUUGGAUGCUAUUGAUUAAAAAUGUGUUUUUAAAAAUGUAUUGAAAUAGCAAAAUGAGUAAAAGAAUCAAGUUUGAAAAUCAAGUUCACACAAUUUUCUAUUUUCCACUUUCCACCCAGAUGUAGUCGAUCAACAAAGACAUGUUUGGAGUUUAAAUUUUGCUUCUUUAUUUUAGAACUAGAGCUAACACUAGAGCACACACUAGAACUCAACAGUCACCCAAAUAGCACAAUUCACUUCUGUAAGAUUACAUCACCAGAACUUCAGCCCACUCAGGUCUCCAUUAAGGCCAUGCAGACUUGUCAGUGUGGUUUAGAGCACAGUUUGACUUACUGUGAGCUACAAAACAAAACUAUGAACAAGCUCUCUCUUUUGAACAAAAGAAGCACUUUGGACUACGUCUUGGCUGAUUUACUCCAUUUGGGGUAAGUGGAAAAAUUGGGUAAAUUUGAUUUUUUUUUUCUUUAACUGUUUCUUUAAGAUGCCCAGCAAGUGAUAAAAGCUACUUACCAAUUAGCAUGGUGCUAACUGCAUGUCUAAAUCAUCACACGCUUGCCUCAAACUGUGUGUUAUUAAGCAUCUCUAACAGUUGCAUAUGUGGUGAUGUCACUGUAUGACACUGUUGUCUAUAAACAUGGACUAAAUUAAGGACAAAAUUCAGACUUAAAGAUGGAUGCCACUCAUGUAUAGCAUUAGCAGUAUUAGAUAUGCAGCAUAGUUUUGUUCUUGUAUCGCCAGUGCUAAAACUAAAGAAGCAGACGUGAGACACCAAACAUUUCUAGGCUGAUCAAGUACAUUUGUGGUAUUCGGGGACGACUACUAUAAAUUUGUUAUUUAGCAAAACUGUCACUUUAAAUAUCAACAGUCAGCCUUAUUUAUUUAUUUAUUUAUUUGUUAUCUACAAUUUUAUAGUCAGCAGUACACACUAAUGAAGUUUUAUGCCAUGUUAAUUUGUACAUUUCUACACAUUUUAUUGUUUAUUAUUUUAAAUUGUUUCUUUUUUUUAUCAUAGCUUUAGUAUAUGCAUUGUAUGCAAUAUUUCUUCUAAAAGCUAAAUAAACACGUAAACAUACUGUUAACAAAUGGCUAAAGACGUUAUAAAAACUGUUUCUCUAAGCAUGUGUGGUUUGUGCUAUGCAUGUGUGCUUUGAUAGUUUGGGGAAAUGUUUUAAUUGUUGGACUGUUUGCAUGUUGUUGGUGUGUAAUUGAAUGACAAUCAUGAAAUUUCUUUUCUGACUGUAGGCUACCUCAUUAAAGUCUUUCUAUUAAA